AAGGCAUAGCGUUGCCGGCGGUCGUGUAAAAUCGUGUUUCGAGUUUUGAACAAAAAAAAAAAAAAACACCCCCCUUCUCGAUCAGAAUAUUGUCAAUGAUUCGGUUCUGUUAAGAAAAAAAUCGAUACAUUUUUAAAAAAAAAUUCAACAAUACCGUUAUAAUAACUAGAAAAAGAUGUAUCGAAAACACGAAUCGCUGAUUACCCAAGUGACGAAUACAGCAGACGAUAUUCCAGUUAUAGUUACAAGAUUAGCGAGUGUCGACAAAAGCGAUAUUGAAUACUAUUUUUUUUCACACAUACUCCGAGUGCGUGUCUUGCAGAUUGUCUGUGGAAUACUGGCAGUUGUCAUGGGAAGUGUCGCAUGCAUAGAAGAUAAGGGUUCAUUUGCCAAUCUUGGACUCGGAAUUCCUGCGGGCUUAAGUACUGUACUGGCUGCCGCCACAAGUAUAUACACAAGUCGGAUAUUCAACGGCUACAACGACACACUGACGGCGUCGUCCAACCGCACAUUGGCUGUAUUCAGAUUGCUAGGCCCAACUUUUCAGUCUGCCAUUGCCGUGGGUCUGUUCUGGUCGCUGGCAUUGGUUCUCAAUGUGAUGCUGUUCACAAGAGCUGGUCGCGCGUUAACCGAAUACCAAACGAAUAUCAGUUCGAACCCCACCAUGUUUUGGCUUGCCGUGCUCCAUUUGACAUUGUCUUCGUUGGUGUUAAUCGCGGUCGGUGCCAUUGUUUGGCUGGACUGUCACCACGACCCUGACUGACAGCAACUGUACACUGGACAAAGGCCAGACCGAAAGCCCAUGUUAUCGCGACCGACAACCAGCAGUUCGGUGACCAUUAGCAUGGCAACGUUCACAUCGGAUCCUCAAUCGUCGUCCAUCAUUGGCAAUCAAUUGGCACCCGGACCCAGCCUUCUGGUCAGAGCUUGUUAGCAGUACAUAUAUCUACAUACAUCACAGUGGAUGAUAUUAUUAUACUGUGAUUAGUUUUGAUUCCACCCGGCUGUUAAUAGAGUAACCUAAAGAACACCUAAACGAUAUCAAUACCAAAUAAAUCACGGACGAGUUCCGGGUUUGAACGCCCGACCUAAUGUUCCCAAAAAUAAUAAAAAUUGCAUUCAUUUUCUGAAAUGGACACCAAAACAUGCGACCUUUCCCAGCCACCCGAUGGGAAAAGCUCCGGAUAGACGUCCCGUUGUCCCAUAGAGCCAAUGUCAGAAAGAAAAAAAAGUAAUUUAUAGAAAAAUAUCACCCACCAUAGUUUCGGUUAUCAUUUUUAACUUUAAUCGCACAAAUUAAACACUUGAAUACCUACUCAGUAGUUAAGUGUACAUAUUCAUUAAAUCUGAUAAAAUUUACCACUUUAAACUUGUCGAUAAAAUAAAAAUCUACAUAAAAUACAAAAUGUCCAACGAGGUUUUAUAAAAACAAACUAAAAUAACUUCUAGAGAAAUUUAGAGUUU